UGAAAUCUAAUUUUCAAUAUUUACCCACAUUUUGUACAUGUGUGAAUACGGAAUUUUUUAACACACCAAAUUUUGGGUAACCAGUCAAAUUUGGCGGGAAUAUUUGAGAUUUGACAGGCACAUACGCCUUCGUGACAAGGUUGUAAACUUAAUGUACCAGCAACAAGCUAGCUGAAGAAUGGCCUCAAGGGAUGAAUCACACAUGCAAGGUUAUGAAGCCUUAUUUGAAGAAGACCUUGAGAGGAAAUAUGUAUGUACAGUGUGUCUACUUGUGAUGAAACAUGCAGUGCAGACAUCAUGUGGACACAGAUUCUGUGAAGCAUGUAUAUGCAGAGUUGCAAAUGAAUCUGGAAUGUGUAAAUGCCCAGUUGACAAUACCUGGUUUGACUUGUACUGUGAUUUAUUUCCUGAUGUUGCUUUUCAAAGGGAAAUUCUGUCACUGAAAGUGAAAUGUAAGCAUCACCAUAAAGGUUGUACCUGGACUGGGGAACUGAGGGAUCUUGAACCACAUCAGUUAAGUGAUUGCCAAAAAUGGCCUGUCAUUUGUCCAUUGUGUACGAGUCGGCCAAUGAAUCGUGAAGACUUGCCACAUCACCUCGACAGAAAAUCUGGAGACUGUCCUAAUGUCAUUAUUCAGUGUCCAUUCCAAAAAUAUGGAUGUUCAUUUUCUGGACGUAGAGAGACAAUGGCUAGCCACGAGAAGGCAGCUGCCCACUUGCACCUGAGCUGUAUGGAGCAGAAGAUUCUGUCACAGAACAAACAUAUUUCUAGCCUUGAUAACAAGAUUCAGCAGCUAGUUGGGCAAAAGGCAGCAACAAAGCAAGUUGAACAAACAGGGUGUAGGCAAGCAACAUCAGAUAAAGAACAUGUUACCAGUCUUGCAGAUUUUUCAAAAGAAGGCAGCAGCUCCUGCGAGAAGUUUUCUUUGCCCACUCUGGUUACUUUAAAUGUGACAGCUAUAAGAGUGGGCACAUUCAGGACCAUCUCUGUAGAACCUUUGCUUAUAUCUGAUAGGGGAUUUAAAUUCUUUAUUAAUGGUAUGGCAGGCACCAAAACAUUUCACUUGUACCCGCAUGACAUUCAACAGUGCUUGGUCUAUUUCUGUGGUGAACCAAAUUUAAUGUUCUUCCUGACCACACAGGGCUGUGCUUCAGGGAUACAGAAAGAUCUUGGCCUUGUUAUAAAUGCUGACCCCACAAAACCUCCUCUAGAACACUUUAAUCCAUCUAGUACCGACUUACGACAUCAAAUGAUCAUGAUUGUGAUGAAACAGUUAUCUGCGGAAGUACAGCUGUAUUUCCAGAGGUAUAUGGAACUAUUCAAGUCAAAGGUAAUGCCAGGUGAUGAAGCUUUCUUUAUGGAACUUAGCAAAGAGGAGGCAGAUGAUGUAUACCGACAGUCUACUGGUAUUGAUAGAGUACAGCAGGGUGUCUCACCGACAUCAGUGGUUUCAGAUCUUGGCUAUUGUCUUACUGAUGAGGGAGAGCAGGAAAGUCGUUCGUCACCAUUACCAAUUCCUGUUAUCAACACCUGCGGAAGAGGGCCACCUACAUUCAUUGGUCAACCAGGUAUGAGUGGCCCAUCACAACAAGGAAUAUAUGCUCCUAUGAGACAUCAAGUCCCCUGGGCACCAUCUUACACACACUUUGUUAGUAGGCCACUAUUCAGUACAAACUAUGGCCUACCUACAGGAUAUUAUAGACCUGCUAUGAGCAGUCCAGCUGGUUGUUUGAGGCUACAAAAAUUUUGACCACCAGGCAUGGGACUUCCUCUGGGAAUUAUUUGACUACCAUGCUGUCGAAUGAAAAGAGCAGUUAGUAUGAAAGCAAAAACAACAAAGGUGAUGCCAUUUGCCAGAUGUCUUAAUGUACAGUUCUGUUGUCAGCAGAUGCCACACAGUUUUAGUUACUCAGUUACUAAUGUUCUUUAUCAGUACUUUCAAUUUAACAAACAUUCUUGGUUCAUUUACAACAUCAGUUCAGAAGCAGUUUAGAAGUGAUAAUGGUACACGGUGUUGAACUUCUGAAAAGUGCAUGUAAUAUUUAAAAGUAAGUAAACUUAUUUUUAUUUGAUGUGAAGACUGUUGGCUUAGUCAGGUUUGAGGUACUAAUGUACCAAUCCGUGUGAAGAAGUUCUUUGACAGGAAAAUGUGAAGGUAUAACCAGACAUAUAUCUGUAUUGUAAUGCAACAGAUUAAAUUACAAUUACGUCUGCUUUAUUAUGGCUCCUUCUGAAAAGAGGGGAUAUUUUUUUUAUAUUGAUUGAAUAUUGAUUGACUAUCUGGUCAUCAGUAAUGGGACAAUAUUUGCACAACUGUUACUUAUAGUCCCCUAUCUAUUUGGUGGGGGUUAGGGUGAGGGAAGUAGGUUUAUGUCAAUGUCACAGAGACUGAAAACAUUUUAUAAUUAAUAAUUAGAGAACACUUGAUUAGUAAUCAUAGACAGAUUGCCAGUGGUCAUUAGAUUAACCCUAUUAUUUUGGAAUUCAUUAGGUCAAAGGUUAAGGUUAUAUUGACAUGAUGACUGAGUUGGCUUAUCAUUUUCUGGCUACAUUUUAGCAUGAAUCUAAAUCAGGUGACAGACUGUUUACGAUGAUUGUCUGAGUUGAGUCGGAGGUAAUCUGCAUCAUUUAUUGGGUCAGUAGCCUAAAGGUCAAAGUUAAAAUGACAUUGAAACUGUUACAAAUUGGUAACUGGGCUAUGUUUUGGCCUACCUUUAGAAUGAAUUUUGAAAGCGAUUAGUAACUAGGUAAAGUUGAGGUUUUACUGCCACACUCAAUAUCAUGAUUGUUAGCAGUAAGCAGAUAAACCCUAUUAGGUCAAAGAUCAAGGUCUUCAUGACAUUGAAACUAAAAGUGAUUUCCAAUGGUUUGCAGCAAAUUCAAAUGUUAUUAACCUGAAAGUUGUUGAUAGAUGACCUUUAUCGUUUUGGUGUUAUUAACCUUGUUACCUCAGAGAUACUACCAUUCUACAAGAAAGUGUAUAUAAUGAUUCCAUUGUUUCAAUAUCAUUAUUUUUACAGAUAUUUUGAUAUAUUUAUUUGUGAUUAAUUUGUGAUGAGUUUAGUUUUUUGUUCAUCAUUUUGAAAGAUUUAAUUCAUUUUGAAACAUUGUUUUCAUUUUUCAAAUGGUUCAUAUUUUAAUAUUUCAUUGUAUUUGUUGUUAACAGUUCAAAAUAAAAAGGAGUUACUU